AUGAGACUACGCAUCUCUAGGCCGCAUGCACGGGUCUCACAGGGUGAAUCUGCAUUUGCCGCAGGCAAUGCGCGGUGGACAAAUCGUGAUCUCGACCCGAUUGCCAAGAAUGCGCGCAAAUGGGGCGCACUCAGUAUAAUAGCAUAUUGGAUCUCCGAUGCUUUGCAAGCAGCGACAUGGCAAUUCGCCAGCGGUAUGAUUGCCGUCGGCCUCACAUACCGUGAAGCACUGGGCAUCGUUGCCUUAUCCUUCUUCAUCAUCUCAUUGGCCAUUUCAGCAAACGGUGCCGUGGGCGCCAUAUACCAUGUGCCAUUUCCCGUUAUCGCACGUGCUAGCUGGGGCUUUUGGGGCUCAUAUAUCGCUAUCAUUUCACGAGUCAUCCUUGCUGUCUUCUGGUUUGCCAUCCAGAAUGUCAAUGGCGGAAAUGCAGUCCGUGUCAUGAUCGGAGCAAUCUGGCCAAGCUUUUUGACUCUGCCAAAUGGCAUCCCCGAGUCACAGGGUAUCACGACCAGCGGUAUGAUCGGAUUUCUCCUUUUCUGGUUGCUCCAGGUUCCAUUCCUCUGCAUGCAUCCAAACAAUCUGCGCUGGUUGUUCACAGUCAAAUCAAUCAUAGUUCCUAUUACAUGGCUGGCUAUGUUGAUAUGGGCUUUCGUCACCGUGAAAGGUGGUGGCAGUGUCUUUGACCAACAGGCUCCAACAGUCUCCGGAUCCAAGUACAGCUGGCUGUUCUUGGCCAAUAUGACUUCAGUCUUGGGAAACUAUGCACCUUUAUCUCUCAACCAGUCCGAUUUCAGUCGCUAUUCCCGCGUCAGUGUCAAGUGGCAGCUCCUUUAUAUCCCCAUGCUACCAAUUGUAUUCACGUUCUUCUCCUUCAUUGGCAUCGCUGCAUCGUCCGCCGGACAGAUCCACUAUAACCUCGAGACCAUCCCCUGGGACCCAAUGGUUCUGAUCAGCUACUGGCCGAACCGCGCGUGUCGCUUUUUCGGCGCCGCUUCCUUCACGCUAGCCGCCCUGGGCGUGAACAUCUCGGCGAACUCCCUUUCAGCCGCUAACGACUUCACUGCACUUGCACCACGCUAUAUCAACAUCCGACGCGGCCAGCUCCUAUGCGCCGUGUUGUCCUGGUGUCUUGUUCCCUGGAAAAUCCUCGCAUCGGCAGGAAACUUCCUCAGUUUCAUGUCUGCAUACGCCAUUUUCCUUGGCCCUAUUGCUGCAAUCAUGAUGUUUGACUUCUGGGUUGUCAACCGUCGUAAAUAUGACAUUCUUGCUCUAUAUCAGCCCAGUAACCCGACAUAUCGGUAUACAUUCGCCAUCCCGGGCCUGGGGAUCAAUGUUGGCGUCGGUGUACAUCCGUUUGACUUUGGGUGGCUGUUGGGCUUUGUUGCGACUUCUAUUGUAUAUCUGCUGUUAUCAUGGGCGUUCCCUGCGAAGGAGACUCAGGUCGACCGCGCUGUUCUACCUGAUGAGAUAUAUGAUAGAGGUACGGUGGUGGACGGACUGGAAUCAGACGACCCAGAUCGAAAGGAUGUGAUUACUGAUACACAGGAGAAAGAUGUGGAAAAGGCUGUCUAA